UAUAUUGACUACUAAUAAAAUAAAUCAUUAUUUUUUUUGACCUCUAAGAGAAACGGAAGUUAUAUUUUUUUACUUCAAUUUAAAACCAAUUAUUUUUUGAUUACCUGAUCAACCAUUUAAACCAUACAACUAACCAAUCAAUCGACAAAAAGAAAUGGCAAAACUCUGUUACCAUUAUCUGCUAAUAGUUGCGACAAUUGUUACGUCAAUUGAUGGCCAAAAAGGCCGCAAACGUGACAUUAUGGAGGACACCCAGAAAACGGUAAACCAGAUAUGGCAAGCAAUUGAUAAGUUUGACCAGCGAACUACGGUAAUGGAGAUGCGAUUGAUGACUCUGGCCACUAAAGUCGAUAAAAUUGUCGACUCAAUGGACAAUCAUCGACUGGCCAACCAGUUGUUGGUCGAUCGGCUGCAAGCCAUGGAACUGAAGAUGGAUUCAGCCGAGACUACGAUCAACAAUCGGAUCAAUCAUGUGGCCGACAAUGUGAUCAAAGUGGGCAACGAUAGCGAUGCCAAACUACGGAAGCUGAUGAAUGUUGUCUUCGAUACCUAUGAUCUAAGUAAAGACGCUAACGGUUUGCUGAAAGGGGUCAGAUCGAGGUCAGGUACCGUCGGUGGCGGCUAUAUCGGUAACGGUGAUGAUGGCGACGGUGAAGGUUCAGAUCAGAUUGACGAGUUGAAGAAGAAAGUAUUGGAACAGAUGAGUAUUAUGGAGGCCAGGAUCCGGGGCGAUGUGUCCGGUGUCGGCCAAAUCGGUAAAGAUAUAUUGGGAACGUUGGAUACGUUCAAUCAGGAAAUGCUUGAUAUACGGGCCGAGUGUUCAGAUAAAAAACAGGCUAAUCGUCCACAACAACAGCAGCAGAUCAGCGACAAAGUGUUUGAUAGUAUAUAUACUGAUCAACAACAACAACAACAGCAACAACAAUGUGGACCAACCAAUGGCGUCAAUAUGACGGCCAUUAAACACGAAAUGGACGUCCAUUUGGAACAGAUUGGUGUCCGCAUUGAAAACGAAAUGUCUAUCAUCGGCAGCAAACUGGAGGAAUAUGUCAGUCAAUGUACGGCUGCGACGUCGGCAGCGGGUAGUCAUCCAAAUCUGAAGGCCCGAAGUAUUUUGCCGGAUAACACACCGCCGGUGAUUGUCCACAACGCCAGCAGCAGCAGCGGUAAUGUAGAGUUUACCGCCAGUAGUCAACGCAAAACCAUACGACUGGCCAAUCGGCCACUGGGCGCUUCCAGUUGCCAACGAUCGUCACACUUAUUGGCACCGAAAAGCUGCGGUGAACUGUACACUAGUGGCGCCAACUGUGACGGCGUUUAUGUUAUAUCGGUGGCCAACUCGCGACUGUUGCGCGUCUAUUGCGAUAUGAGCGACAACGGCGGCGGUUGGACGGUUAUACUGAGACGCGGCGAUUUUGGCCGAUCGCGCUAUCGGAUCAGUUUCGAGCAAUCGUGGACCGGCUAUCGGGACGGUUUCGGCGAUCGCGAUACCGGCGAAUUUUGGCUGGGCUUGGAAUCUGUCCAUCAGAUGACGGCCGUCGGCAAUCAUCAAUUGCUGGUCGAAUUGGAAUCGUUUGACGGCGACUAUGUAUCCAUAGUAUACGACGGCUUUCGGGUCGGCGGCGAAUCGGACAACUAUCGGCUGCACUUAGGUCAGUCAAUAUCGGCCAACACUACCGUCGGCCAGUCAUUGCUGGCACACAAUGGUUCGCUAUUUUCCACACACGAUCGCAACAACAAUCUGAUCAGUCGGGAUAACUGUGCCCUGAAAUUGCAGGCCGGCUGGUGGUAUCAUAAUUGCCAGAGUGCACUGUUGACUGCACCCUACUAUGGCCGCACUGGGCGCCAGCAUGUCUGGCAGGGCAUACAGUGGCACUCGUGGAAACACUCGCAGCACCUGAAAGCGGCACAAAUGAAAAUUAGACCGAAAUAUUAAAGAGGACGGACGGGUGGGUGUAGUUGUGUGUGUGUGUGUGAGUGUGUGAGUGAGUCGACCCGACCCGAGACCCGAUGCAACCCAAACCCUAAUAUAUAUACAAUAUUUACAAAUUAAUAAAUUAAUUGACGGGUUAUUUCAAUUGUGCCAAAAAAAUAUAAAUCAAUCAAUCAAUCAAUAACUAACAAAACAAUAAAAUAUUAUUGCAUUAUUAUAUAAUAAAAAAUAAUAUUUAUUGUGGAUUCAUAAUAUAAAUUAUAUAUU